AACAUACGGAGUGGGUUCGAAAAACACUUUUAAAUUAGAAUAUUUUUGUCGAGGUGGGUGUAUCUUGGAAAAGGUUUUAGAAAACGUUAAAAAGAGACAGUGUUUUAGCUCUCCCCCCUUUUUUAUUCUACAGGGCAGUUUUGGGUUUUGGGUUUCAAGACAUGUCACGAUCUCCGUGUGUCGCAGCUGCUAGUUUGAAAAGCUUUUUACCUAUUAAAGAUUUUAAAAGUCCCAAUCAUUUGAAGUUGAGUCCAGUUCCAGCUGGUCACACUCAAUAUCACACCUUGUUAUCACCUUUUCCACAGUGCAACCCCCAAUCCACACCUUCAUUAUCCCCAUCAUCUAGCCAUUUUAACUUCAAUAGUCCAAAUAAUUUUUUUCAGAAACGAGAUAGUAUUUCACUUUCUGUUGAUAGUCCCCAUAGGCUGCUUUUUGCUUCAAAAAUUAAGACCACUCUCAACUCAUCUAAUGUACUAGGACGGGGAAGGUUUGGUCAAGUUGUGUUGGCAAAGUAUAAAGAUGCACAAGUUGCUGUUAAAAUAAUAAAGAAUGCUGCAAAAGAACAGGUCAAUGAAAUAAAUGGGGAAAAGCUGUCACAUCCCAACAUAAUCAGCACUCUUAAAAUAGAGAAAGUUGAUGAUGAUGUUCUAAUUUUAAUGGAACCUUGGGGUUCCCUUAACCUUCAACAACUUCUUAGCAUGUCUUUGAAAAUUCCAUGGGGAGACAUUCUCAGCUAUUCGACACAAUUAGCCAUGGCUCUUGAAUAUUGUCAUGCAAAUGGAGUGCUGCACCUUGAUGUGAAACCUGCUAAUAUUAUGGUGAAAAGUGAAAAAUGGAUUAAAUUGGGAGACUUUGGAAAUUCUGCAAACAUUCAUCAGCUUGAUUUAUUCCAGUACCAACAAAGAGUAGGUACAGUUUCUUACUGUUCCCCAGAAAUACUUCAAGGGGAUGUUCCCUCAACAAAAUCUGAUGUCUAUUCCUAUGGUAUAACAUUAUGGCAAUUUGAACACAAUCAAAUACCUUUUUCUGACUUGGACUGGCCCACUGUAGCAUACCUGGUUGUUGCCAAGGAUGAAAGACCAGUCCUCAAUAGUAAUUGUAAUGAAGAAGAAACAACAUUUAGUAAGCUUUAUCAAAGCUGUUGGCAACCAAAACCUGAAGACCGCCCAACUAUGUCAGAAAUUGUAAAUAUUCUCAAGGAUUUGAGUGAAUGAUGUAUUGUCUUUCGAAAAUUAAAGAAAAAUUCAUGAAUGA